AUGAAUGCUGGUCAUGCGCAGUGGGCCGAAUAGAGGGAGCGACAAAUUGAGAUCGGCCUUGGGCGGUCAGCUGCGCAUGCGCCGUUUGGCGAAUUAUAGGGCGACGGCGAUGUUUUGGCGGGACGGUUAAAUUGCAAAACCAACAGAACUGAACAUGAGACGAUCAGCAGCUCCUAGUCAACUGAUGGGAAAUUUAGUCAAAAAACCGAGAUUUAUGCCUCCAGGAAAAACCCAUAUGUUAUCUCUGAAAAAAGAAUCUGAACGCUCAGGCUCUGAGGUGGAUGAGGGACAACUGAAUGGCUCAACAUCUGUAAACAUCUGUUCUACAACUUGUGACUUAAGUUCUAUGCUGGCUGUGAAAUCUGAUCAAGAAGAAUUUUGCUCUAAAAAUAAUAAUAACAAUGACUGUCAUUUUGAAACUGGAGUGAAAUCACCAUAUAGAACUAAAAUAGGUCCAGCGUGCCCUGUGACAACAGCAACAGCCAGGCACCAGGAGGAGCCUGGCUGCCUCACAAAAUAUUUCAGCGUAGUGUGGUGCAAGGCCUCCAAGAAAAAACACAAGAAGUGGGAAGGUGAUGCCGUUCUUAUUGUGAGAGGGAAGUCGGUGACCCUGAAAGAUACAGAAGGCAGAGACAUUGGAAGAGGUGCUGGAUACAAAGCCAAAGACCUGGAGAAUUUUGACCAAGGCCAAACACUGAUGGUUGGAGGCAAAGAAAUUGAAGUGAUGGGCAUAAUUUCAGAAGAGGACUUCAAAACCGGCAAGUGUUUUCAGUCUGGUGUGAAGACUGCCGAGGAGAUUUGGAACGUCCCGCAAGCUGCUGUGAAACCAUUCUGCAACCCUUUCAAAAAUGUAUCCAAAACUAACACUAAAGGAAAUCCUCCCAAAGGCUCCCAGAACUAUAACCCACGUCAUGAUCCAUGCGCACCAAAUUGCUUAGUUAUGCUGCGCCCAUCCCCAAAUCACCAGCGGUUGUUCAACAAGUCGGGCUUGCCUGUGGUGGAUGUUGUUGUGGACCCCCACAUUGUAAACCAUCUUCGACCGCACCAACGGGAAGGGAUCACAUUUCUUUAUGAAUGUAUCAUGGGAAUGAGAGCAAGCUGUAGAUUUGGAGCCAUUCUUGCAGAUGAAAUGGGUUUAGGAAAAACUCUGCAGUGCAUUUCAGUCCUCUGGACUCUCCUGCGUCAAGGGCCAUAUGGAUGCAAACCUGUAAUAAAACAGGCACUGAUAGUCACUCCUGGGAGUCUGGUGAAGAAUUGGGGGAAAGAAUUUCAAAAAUGGCUGGGAAGUGAGAGAAUCAAGGUGUUCUUAGUGGAUCAGGAUCACAAAGUAGAAGAGUUCAUCAAUUCCCCGCUUUAUUCAGUCCUGAUCAUUAGUUAUGAGAUGUUUCUACGCUCCUUGGACCAAAUACAGAAGGCGCAGUUUGGCCUUGUCAUUUGUGAUGAGGGACAUCGCUUGAAAAAUGCUGCUAUUAAGACGACGACUGCACUUGCCAGUCUGUCUUGUGAGAGGAGAAUUAUUCUGACUGGUACUCCAGUACAAAAUGAUCUGCAAGAAUUUUAUGCAUUAAUAGAGUAUGUAAAUCCUGGAAUACUUGGUCCUUUGUCUGCAUACAAAAAAGUAUAUGAGGAACCUAUUCUCAGAUCCCGAGAGCCUUCAGCAACAAAGGAAGAAACUGAGCUGGGAGAGAGAAGAGCAGCAGAACUGACUCGCCUCACUGGACUCUUCAUUCUGAGAAGAACCCAAGAUGUCAUAAACAAAUUCCUCCCUCCUAAAUUGGAGAGCAUACUUUUCUGCCGCCCAACAGCACUGCAGCUCGAUCUCUAUCGAAGUCUGCUGAGCUCUCCAUUUGUUAGAUCUUGCCUUCAAGGUAGUCUGGAAAACAGCUCCCAUUUAAUAUGCAUUGGAGCUCUGAAAAAACUUUGCAACCACCCCUGCCUUCUCUUCAAAGCAAUAAAGGACAAAGAAUGUGAUCCCAAUUGUGAUGUACAAGAGAAACAGAACCAAUCUGAGGCUCUGCUUGAUAUUGUUUCUCAAGAACAUACCCAAACCUCUUUCUCUGAGACUGACUCGGGGAAGUUGAACGUGCUGAUGCAGUUGCUGGCAGCAAUUCAGGAACUGAGCCCUGGAGAAAGAGUCGUCGUGGUAUCCAAUUACACACAGACCCUGAACAUAUUGCAAGAGGUGUGCAAACGCCAUGGAUAUUCCUGUGCAAGGCUUGACGGCAACACUCCUGUCUCCCAGAGACAGCAGAUCGUUGAUGGUUUUAAUAGUAAAUUCUGCCCAUCUUUUAUCUUCCUGCUGAGUUCAAAGGCUGGUGGCGUGGGUCUGAACCUUGUUGGGGCGUCCCAUUUAAUCUUAUACGAUAUCGAUUGGAAUCCAGCCACGGAUAUUCAGGCAAUGGCCAGAGUUUGGAGAGAUGGGCAGAGACAUACAGUGCAUAUUUACAGACUCCUUACUACAGGCACAAUAGAAGAGAAAAUCUAUCAGAGACAGAUCAGUAAGCAAGGGCUCUCUGGGGCAGUUGUCGACUUUUCCAAGGGAUCCGAACACAUCCGUUUUUCUGUUGAAGAACUUAGAAAUCUGUUCACCCUGCAUGAAGAGUCUAGCUGCCUUACCCACGAUUUGCUGGAGUGUAAAUGUACGGAAAAGGAAGGUGACCUAGGUCCCUCGGAAAACCUUUCUCUACAAGAUUGCAAGCUUGGCCAAAGCAACGUGAAACCUGACUCAAAGAAGCCUCUCUCUAUGUCACAGUUGAUGCAAUGGAAACACUAUUCUGGGAAUCACAAAAAUCUUCCCGAUCCCUUUCUUAGAAGAAUAAAGGAAAACAUUACAUUCGUUUUCCAAAAUAUGACCAACUAAAUGAUGCCAUCUAAACAGGGACAUUAGUUUCUCCCUUAGUCACAAUGGACGUUUGUGCCUUAUAUUUUACAAGCAAAGCAAACUAAUGGGAUUGUUGGGGAAUUACAAAGAGCAUGUAAUAAGGGUAAUAU